GAUAUAAAAAGAGAUGCCCUCAAAACCCCUCAGCUUCAGUCAUUCUUCCACAUAUUCAAAGUUCAGUAGUGUUUGUAUCAAAUGGAUUACCAACAGAAGAUAUUGUUGAACAUCUAGCUUUAUGUUAUUUCCGACAUCGUGGUGGAAGUCUUUCAAUGUUCCAUCAACAUACUUUUAUGCGUCGGCUACGACAAAAUAAAAUUUCACCUUUCCUAAUCCUUGCUAUGUGCGCUGUGAGUGCAAGAUAUUCCGAUCAUCCGAAUAUUAGGCGAGAGCCACCUUAUCUAGCUGGUGAGCCUUAUGCAACUCAAGCAUCAAAAUUUAUAUUAGAAUCAUUAGACAUAGGUUGUAUUGAACAUGUUCAAGCAUUUUUAUUGCUUGCGUUAUAUGGAUUUGGUUCAGCAAAUGGCGCAAAAACUUAUACAUAUGUUGGUAUGGCUAUAAGAAUGGCACAUUCAUUAGGUUUACAUAGAGUUGAUGAAACCACAUCGAAUUCUUCACCUGAUAAUAAACUUUCUGAAGACGCAUUUAUAACUAAAGAAAUAAAAAGACGUACUUUUUGGACUUGUUUCGUGUUUGAUAGACCAUCACUUAUUCAGGAAGAAGAUUGUGAAGUUAGAUUUCCUUGCAUUGAAUCAAUUUGGGAGAUGGAAAAUCCUUAUAAUAGCCCUGCAAUUAAUGAACUAAAUAUUAAUUACGCUAAACAGGGAUCUUUAUUUACAUUAGCUACAAAUGGAAUUAAUGCAUGCUUUUUUAGCGUGGCCAUUUUAUUAGGUCGUGUAUGUACAUAUGUUAAUCGUCCAAAACCAACAAAUGCAUUACCACCUUGGGAUUCAUCAUCAGAAUUCACUAUGUUGGUAAAUGAAUUAGAGCAUUGGUAUCGGUCGAUCUUACCUCAUUAUGCUUAUUCCCGGGAAAAAAUGAUUGAAUUAAUGGCAGUUGAGAUGUCAGGUGUUUUUGCAGCAAUUCAUUUAUUUUAUCAGUCGGCUGUUGUCGUCCUUAAUCGAUCAGUCAUAAAGCCACGGAAAGGAGAAUCUAUUACAACAAUCCCAGCCGAAUUCUAUCGUUUAUCUUUUGAGCGUUGUUAUAACGCAGCAAAACAAGUUAGUUCAGUGGCUUUUGAUAUUUUGAAAAUCGGAUGUCCAUGCGCAUGUCCUUUUACCACAUAUCCUAUGUAUGUAACAGCAACAAUUUACAUAAAUCAUAUGAAGACUGAAGAUAUUACAGUUUUUAAUGUUACAAAAGAAAAUCUAAAAAUUAUUGAACAAUAUUUGGAGGAAGUUGGGAAAUUAUGGGCAACAGCUAAUAAAUUGAGAUGUGUAUUGGAUAAUAUGAAGAAAGAUCAAG